CUCAAAUUCAAAACCAGAGUUCCUGAAAGAAGAUAAGGAUUAGUACUUCAUCAAGUUUCCAAAAGUUUAGUGUGAAGCAGAAACAGAGUUUGAUUCUACGUGUUAAUUUCAGUGUGGUGGGAAAGACACUUGCUGGUAUAAAGGUUCCUCCUUUUAAGACUUGGGGGAAGAGACUGAUAUAAAAGGACUUAAACAUAGCUAUGCCCUUCACUUGCUUCAGACCAACGCUUCCUUUAUGCUCCAAGAAUCACAGAUCGUUUGGUAGAGACAAUGCAGAAAGUUUGCUGGCCUUACUUUGAUCCUGAUUUUGACAAUCUUGGUGAACGCAUUUACGGUCCACCAUGCAGGGUCUACAUCGACAACGACAGCAUCCAAGAUUGCACCGUUGUCAAGGUGAAUAGUGAGAACAAACAAGGACUUCUUCUAGAAGUGGUGCAGAUCUUGACAGACAUGAAUCUUAUCAUCACCAAGAGUUACAUCUCUUCUGAUGGUGGAUGGUUCAUGGAUGUUUUCCAUGUUAAAGACGAGCAUGGAAGUAAACUCACUGAUAAAACCGUCAUCAACCACAUCAAACAUGCCAUUGGCACGAGUAGGCGAGAGUCAGACUCUGUAAAGGCCAAUGAAGCCAAUGAAAAUGCAAAACUAAAUCCUUUGGAACCUCCAUUGAUUGAUCACGGUGAGCACACAGCAAUAGAGAUGACUGGAACAGACAGACCAGGACUCUUCUCAGAGAUAUUCGCUGCUUUCGCUGACUUACACUGCAACGUCUUAGAAGCUCACGCUUGGAGCCACAACGCUCGUUUAGCUUGCAUUGCCUACGUCUCUGACGACAGUACUCACGCUCCCAUCGAUGAUCCAAGCCGCUUAGCUUCCAUUGAAGACCACCUCAGUACCGUGAUCCGCGCCACAGCCGAUCCAGCCGCCAACUCAACUCACGUGGGUCACAAGGAGAAUGAAACAGAUAAGUUUCUUGCUGGACAAGGCAAAGGGUGUAUGAACUCCAACGUGGAGAGAAGGUUGCAUCAGCUGAUGCUCUCUGUGAGAGACUUUGAUGAACCGUUCUGUGGUAGUACGUCGUUGUCGCUGUUUUCGUCUAAAUUGGAGUAUUGUGAGAGGAAGACGACGAGUGUUUCUAUUGGAAACUGCGAAGACAGAGGGUAUUCGAUAGUGACGGUGAAGUCUAAAGAUCGGAGAAGACUCAUGUUUGAUACGAUCUGCACGUUGAUUGAUAUGCAAUACGUUAUCUUCCACGCUGCUCUCCGGUCUGAUGGAGCUGAUGCCUUUCAGGAAUACUUCAUAAGACACAUAGAUGGACGUGCAUUGAACACUGAAGGAGAGAAAGAACGUGUGAUUAAAUGCUUGGAAGCUGCUAUAGAACGUCGUGUUUGCGAGGGGGUGAAGUUGGAGUUGUGUGCAGAGAACAGAGUAGGCUUACUUUCCGACAUAUCUCGUGUGCUACGUGAGAACGGUUUGACUGUUGUCCGUGCAGACGUGGAGACACAGGGACAGAAGUCUCUCAACGCAUUUUACGUCAGAGACAUUUCCGGGAACAAGAUUGAUAUGGAGUUUGUGGAGUCAGUGAAGAAAGAGAUGAGACCUAUCCACCUCGAGGUCAAGAAUGAAGACAGAGUCGCGGCUCAUGAACAGCCAGCCUUGGCUGCAGCACCGCCACCGCAACAGCAAGCCCACCGUUUCUCUCUCGGUGAGAUCCUACGGUCGCAAAUCGGAAGACUUUCUCACAGAUGA